AUGCUGACGCCGGGAACGAACGUUCCGACGGCUACACUGGCUGUGUGGGUCCCGUGCCCGUACCCGUCAACCGGUAAGGGGGAGGCGUUGCCCUCUUGGAAUGCCCGUGCGCCUAUGACUUUGUUGUUGCACCCCAACUUGUCAGCCAGGUCGCACUGCCCCUUCCAACUGGCAGGCGGAGGCGGAAUGCCGGAGUCGUUGAACGAAGGGUGGCCCGGGGUUAUCCCACCGUCGAUAAACCCAACGAUGACUCCCUUGCCAAGCUCCGUCCGCGGCCAGGCUCCACUCCACUGGUUUAGCCCGAGGAAUCCUGGGGAACGGGUCGUCAGCGGCUGGGAUGUACUGUCUGGGAGGAUCGAAAUAAAGCCUUCUUUGUCUUUUAUGAGUUCGGCUUGUUCGGGUGUUAGUCUUGCCGAGAAGCCACUGAUUACAUGCUUGUAUGAGUGGACCAGUGCGUCUUUGGCUCCCAGGGGAAGAAAUGCCCUAUGUUUCGGCAAUGCCGGCCGAGCUAGGAUUCAUCUUCUUCACGUGGACAAUGGAUAUGGCGAAGAUGAGUACAGAGCUCGGGUCGGUAAGCCAUUAAGGGGCAUGCAAUUGUGGAAUGAGAUCAAGGAGGAACUCGACCUGGAAAGACCACUGGUCGAAGGAUCGACCAACACCAAUAAAUAG